CGUGGCCUCCGCCGCCGCCGGGUUGGGGCUGUUCUUCCGGGUUGGAGGCGCAGCUCCGCGGGGCCCGAGCCCAGGGCUGCCAGCGCGGCUUCCCUCGCGGCGCGCUGCCCGGCCGCCCUGCCUCCCAGCCAAGUGAUUUACCCUCAAGGAAAUUUGGGAUUUAGGAAGUUGGGAGCUCAUAUGAACAUGGCGAACCUACUGAAAACUGUGGUGACUGGCUGUUCGUGUCCUUUACGUAGCAAUUUGGGGUCCUGUAAGAUUAUACCCAGGAAGAAGGAUUUUUUACGAACAUUUCAUACUCAUCAGGCACUGUGGUGUGAAGCCCCUGCCAAACCAGGAAUUCCAUAUAAGCAACUGACUGUUGGCGUCCCCAAGGAGAUUUUCCAAAAUGAGAAACGGGUGGCAUUGUCUCCUGCUGGUGUUCAGGCCUUGGUCAAGCAGGGUUUUAGUGUUGUCGUGGAGUCGGGUGCUGGCGAAGCUUCCAAGUUUUCUGAUGAUCACUACAGAGCAGCAGGUGCCCAGAUCCAAGGGGCGAAGGAAGUGCUGGCUUCUGAUUUGGUGGUCAAAGUGCGAGCUCCCAUGGUUAAUCCAACAUUAGGUGUUCAUGAGGCCGACCUUUUAAAGACAUCGGGAACAUUGAUUAGCUUUAUUUACCCAGCCCAAAAUCCAGACUUGCUAAAUAAACUUUCUAAAAGAAAAACUACAGUUUUGGCGAUGGACCAGGUUCCAAGAGUCACGAUUGCUCAGGGAUAUGACGCGCUAAGCUCCAUGGCCAACAUUGCUGGCUACAAAGCUGUUGUACUAGCAGCAAAUCAUUUUGGACGGUUUUUUACUGGUCAGAUCACAGCUGCUGGAAAAGUUCCUCCAGCUAAGAUUCUGAUAGUUGGUGGUGGUGUUGCUGGGCUGGCUUCUGCAGGUGCAGCGAAGUCUAUGGGUGCUAUUGUUCGAGGAUUUGACACCAGAGCUGCAGCUUUGGAGCAGUUCAAGUCUCUUGGUGCUGAGCCCUUGGAGGUGGACUUGAAGGAAUCUGGUGAAGGACAAGGAGGAUAUGCGAAAGAGAUGUCCAAAGAGUUCAUCGAAGCUGAAAUGAAGCUAUUUGCUCAACAGUGCAAGGAGGUGGAUAUCCUCAUCAGCACAGCCCUUAUUCCAGGUAAAAAAGCCCCAGUUUUAUUUAGUAAAGAAAUGAUUGAGUCAAUGAAGGAAGGUUCAGUUGUUGUGGAUUUAGCUGCUGAGGCUGGCGGAAACUUUGAAACCACGAAGCCAGGAGAACUUUACGUUCACAAGGGAGUUACUCACAUCGGCUACACAGACCUUCCCAGCCGAAUGGCCACUCAGGCCAGCACCCUCUAUUCCAACAACAUCACCAAGCUCCUGAAGGCCAUCAGCCCUGACAAAGAUAACUUUUAUUUUGAAGUGAAAGACGACUUUGACUUUGGUACAAUGGGUCAUGUCAUUAGAGGAACUGUAGUGAUGAAGGAUGGAGAAGUGAUUUUUCCCGCUCCCACCCCGAAAAAUAUUCCUCAAGGUGCCCCAGUAAAACCGAAGACAGUGGCUGAGCUGGAAGCUGAAAAAGCAGCUACGGUCACCCCCUUGAGGAAGACCAUGACUACGGCUUCUGCGUAUACAGCAGGUCUCACUGGGAUUCUGGGUUUGGGCCUUGCGGCGCCCAAUUUAGCCUUUUCCCAGAUGGUGACCACUUUUGGCUUGGCCGGCAUCGUGGGCUACCACACUGUCUGGGGAGUGACCCCUGCUCUCCACUCACCACUGAUGUCUGUGACUAAUGCAAUCUCAGGGUUGACUGCAGUUGGUGGGUUGGCACUGAUGGGAGGACAUUUGUAUCCUUCCACAACUUCUCAGGGCCUUGCUGCUCUUGCUACAUUUAUUUCCUCAGUCAACAUUGCAGGUGGCUUUCUGGUGACCCAGAGAAUGCUGGACAUGUUCAAGCGUCCCACGGACCCCCCAGAAUACAACUACCUGUAUCUGCUCCCUGCUGGCACCUUUGUUGGAGGAUAUUUAGCAGCUCUCUACAGUGGCUAUAACAUUGAACAAAUCAUGUAUCUGGGCUCAGGUCUGUGCUGUGUUGGUGCCCUGGCCGGCCUUUCCACCCAGGGAACAGCUCGUCUUGGCAAUGCAUUGGGCAUGAUUGGGGUGGCUGGAGGCCUGGCAGCCACUCUCGGAGGACUAAACCCAUCCCCAGAAUUGUUAGCCCAGAUGUCUGGAGCAAUGGCUUUGGGCGGUACCAUUGGACUGACAAUUGCCAAACGCAUCCAGAUUUCUGAUUUACCUCAGUUAGUUGCUGCUUUCCACAGUUUAGUGGGCUUGGCAGCGGUGCUUACUUGCAUAGCUGAGUACAUUGUAGAAUACCCACAUUUUGCUGUGGACGCAGCAGCAAAUCUCACCAAGAUCGUGGCCUACCUCGGUACUUACAUCGGAGGCGUCACGUUCAGUGGCUCUCUUGUUGCCUAUGGAAAACUGCAGGGUAUCCUGAAAUCUGCCCCUCUCCUGCUUCCUGGAAGGCACUUACUUAAUGCAGGCCUGCUGGCUGCUAGUGUGGGUGGAAUCGUCCCGUUCAUGAUGGACCCUAGCUUUACUACCGGCAUCACCUGUCUGGGCUCUGUGUCGGCUCUCUCUGCUGUCAUGGGUGUGACUUUGACAGCUGCCAUCGGGGGUGCAGACAUGCCCGUCGUCAUCACCGUGCUGAACAGCUACUCAGGCUGGGCCCUGUGCGCGGAGGGCUUCCUGCUCAACAACAACCUGCUGACCAUCGUGGGCGCACUCAUAGGCUCCUCUGGUGCCAUCCUGUCCUACAUCAUGUGUGUGGCAAUGAAUCGCUCCCUGGCUAAUGUGAUUCUUGGAGGCUACGGUACCACUUCAACAGCUGGUGGAAAACCCAUGGAAAUUUCUGGCACACAUACAGAAAUCAACCUUGACAAUGCAAUUGACAUGAUUCGUGAAGCUAAUAGCAUUAUUAUUACUCCAGGCUAUGGUCUCUGUGCAGCCAAAGCGCAGUACCCCAUCGCAGACUUGGUGAAGAUGCUCGCUGAACAGGGCAAGAAAGUCAGAAGGGAAGGCCAUAGAUGAACACCAGAUUUCAGACCCGAGUAGCAGUUCAGCCCUUAUUUGCCUUCAAAAAAAGAAUGAAAGGUACAUAAUGUUCUCUAGUUCUGGCUAUUGGAAAGUUCUAGGAAAUUAAAUGAACAUUUUUUUUUCAUUCAGAAUUGUACAAGUGAGUUUGUCUGAAGCACUGCUUCGAAGGGCUUUCACAAUUUUCGAGAGGCGGGUGUCUAUCCUUUGGCCUAAGAAGCCUUGCCAGAAAGUUGAUUCCACAGCUUUUCCCAUCAGUCCAUUUUUGAGGGUGGCAAGGAAGAUUUUGUCCCACUUCAUUACUCUGUUUCUAUUCAGAUGGAUAAGCUAACCUUGCCCAGCUGGUCCUAGCCUUUUCACCAGUAAGGACGGUGUGUGUUACGUUUACCCCGCUUCAUGUUUUAGAAGGUUUUAUUCUCCACUGGAUUUACUGCAGUUACUUUUUAAAACAAACAAACAGACAAACAAAAAAAUGCCACUUUUCCUUGUGCUUCUCAUCAGUGACUUGUAGCUGUCAGUCAGAAGUUCUGAUCAGAAUGUGAUAAACCAAAGAAACCUGCCCUUUCAGGUUUUUUCACAGGUGAAAUGCACAUAUUUUUCACAGGUGAAAUGCACAAUUAUGCACAUUAUGUGCACAUUAUGCACAUUAUGUGCACAAUUUCAUCCACAUUAUGAAAGUAAUUGAAUGUAGUAACAGACCCUUCUGUUACCUUCAUGGACCCUCCCCAGAAUGGAGCACUGCCGUGUGCAAACAUAGAAUACAAAAGUCCUUAAGGUGUAUGUUGCCACCAGGGACUGUGUGUUGCACCUGCAGUGCAGCUCCCAGCCUGCUCUGUGACACAGUACAGUGCACACGUAUUCCAUGUAAUUCUAGAUAAAGGAGGCCUGCCUGAGGAAGUAGUUGGAUUAGAGAAUCUGUAAGGUUUAUUUUAACUCUUUUUUUUUAAUUUCUUUUUUAAGUUGUUAUUUGAAUUCCAGGUAACACAGUAUUGUAUUAGUUUCAGGUCUACAAUUCCAUACAACACCCGGUGCUUAUCACACUCCUUAAGUCCCAUCACCUAUUUAACCCAUCCCCCCACCCGCCUCCCCUCUGGUAACCAUCAAUUUCCUAUAGUUAAGAGACCGUUUUGGUUAGUAUCCAAAAUAUAUAAAGAAAUCAUAAAGCUCACCACCCAAAAAAUGAAAUGAUCCGGUUAAGGAAUGGGCAGAAGACAUGAAUAGACAUUUUUCCAAAGAUAUACGGAUGGCCAACAGAUGCAUGAAAGCAUGCUCAACAUCACUCAUCAUCAGGGAAAUACAAAUCAAAAUUAUGAUGAGAUACCACCUCGCACCUGUCAGCUUGGCUAAAAUCAACAAUACAAACAACAGGUGUUGGUGAGGAUGUGGAGAAGGGGAGAUCCCCCUUGUACUGUUGGUGGGAAUGAACACUAGUGCAGCCACUCUGGAAAACAGGGGAGUCUCCUCAAAAAGUCAAAAGUGGAACUACCCUAUGGUCCAGCAAUUGCACCACUAGGCAUUUACCCAAAGAACACAAAAAUACUAACUCAGAGGUUUAUAUGCACCCCAGUGCUCAUUGUAGCAUUAUCUACAAUAGCCAACUUACGGAAACAGUCCAAAUGGCCAUCGACUGAUGAAUAGGUAAAGAAGAUGUGGUAUGUUUACACAACGGAAUACUACUCAGCUAUCAAAAAGAAUGAAAUCUUGCCAUUUGCAACAACAUGGAUGGAGCUAGAGAGUAUUAUGCUAAGUGAAAUAAGUCAGAGAGACCAUAUGAAACAUAUCUUUAAAUUUUUUUUUUUUUUUUUUAAUCAUCCAUUUUGAGAGAGAGAGCAAGCGUGGGGAAGGGGCCCAAGCAGGCUCCAUGCUGUCAGCACAGAGCCCAACAUGCAGCUUGAUCUCAACUGUGAGAUCAUGACCUGAGCCAAAAUCAAGAGUCGGAAGCUUAACUGUCUGAGCCACUCAGGCACCCUGAAACAUAUCUUUUAAAGGUUCUUUAGUGAGAGGUUAAUGGUAGAUUUUCUUUCAUUUUGUAUACCUUAAAAUUCCAUGAUGACAGUUCUUUUCUCUCCAGUCUUUGAAGAUUUUAUCCCACUGCUUUAAGGCUUCCCUUGCUCAGAGAUUAUUACAGGUUCAGUUCCAGACUGCUGCAGAAAUCUCUCAGCGCCUUGAUCCCACAUUUCUCAGCCUCCAGAACUCAGCCACCCGGUUUAAAGUAUUUUGUUAUAGCAGCCUAAACAGACCAAGACAUUCUUGUUCAGGGAGUUGAAUGGCAUUCUCCCUGAGAAAUAUCAUCAUCAUUAGCGCCCUUGAAAAAAUUCUUUUACUGGAGAUCUUUGGGUGAUAAAUGACAAAUAUUUGAGAAAUCCCAAGGUAGGGGAAUGAGGAAAAAAAAUGGUGAACUGACUCCCAACAAUUGGUUCUCAGUGUGGAAAUUGUGACUCCGUCUCACCUGCAACCCCAAGAGGGAGAAGUGGCCUCAGGACAGAGGAGUGAGGCCCACAGCUUGUCCCACAGCCCGGCCCCAGUGCUGACUAGCAGGCGACAGCCAUCCACAGCCUGCUCCCCAGCCAUCUAUUUUAAGUCGAAAGGUUUUAUUGAUUUAUAAAUAUUUAUGGUUAAAAAAGAAGAAAUAGGCUUUCAACAAAUGAAACUUUAAAAAAAUUUCCCCAUGUUAUGUCUUUUUUCUCAUUUGUGAACUUCCUAGGAGCUUAGAAUAACAUAUUUAGGAAAAUUGUGGGAUGAUGGUAUUGGGAAGGCAGAAUUCCCAAAUGCAGUCUAUGUAAUUUAAAAAUAUAAAACACAGUAAAAGAACUACAAAGCUGUAAUCAUCAAGACAGUAUAGUAUUGGCACAAAAACAGACACAUAGACAAAUGGAAUAGAAUAGAGAACCUAGAAUUGGACCGACAAAUGUAUGGCCAACUAAUCUUUGACAACGCAGGAAAGAGUAUCCAAUGGAAAAAAAGACAGUCUCUUUAGCAAAUGGUGCUGGGAGAACUGGACAGCAACAUGUAAAAGACUGAAACUAGGACACUUUCUUACACCACACAAAAACACUCAAAAUGGAUGAAAAACCUAAAUGUGAGACAGGAAGCCAUCAAAACCCUAGAGGAGAAACAGGCAACAACCUCUUUGGCCCCAGUCACAGCAAUUUCUUACUCGACACAUCUCCAAAGGCAAGGGAAUUAAAAGCAAAAAUGAACUGUUGGGACCUCAUCAAGAUAAAAAGUUUCUGCACUGCAAAGGAAACAAUCAACAAAACUAAAAGGCAGCCAACGGAAUGGGAAAAGUAUUUGCAAAUGACAUAUCAGGUAAAGGGUUAGUAUCCAAAAUCUAUGAAGAACGUACCAAACUCAAAC